AUGACUGACCACGCCCUCAUUUCUCGGGCUGAGAUCGCAGACCAGGCGGUUGCAGUUCGUGCCACAUUGAAGGUCUGGGAAAAAGAGUUCGCAUCAACGCACGGUGGAAGAAAGGCUGGCCGAGACGACAUCAAACAGAAUCCCGAAAUUGCCGCCAAAUACAAAGAAUAUACCCGACUCAAAAACCUCGAGGCCUCUCUAGCCCGACGCGAGAAUCGUCGACAUGAACACCCGGAAAGUCAUUCUAAGAAACGAAAAUAUGCGUCACCUACCGGUCCAACUGGAUCGCAAAUCGAAAAUACUCCACGCAAAUCAUUCAAAGGACUCUUCGCGACUCCCUCCAACAACCGCACCAAAGAGAUCCAUCCCUCGCAGCUAGACCCCUACGACUCGCCCUCAACCUUCCGCAGAUUGUUCAGUCCCAGCACGCACCGGCAGAGUCUCCCCGCACCGUCUCCUCUGAAAGCGGCCAUUGGCCCUACGCCCCAGCGUGAUGGUAAAACCCUUGGUCUAUUUGACAUGCUGUCCGAGUCAGGCGGGAGUCAUGCUACACCCUCCGCAAAGAAGCAAAAGGACAUGCUGGGAGCAGGAUUCCAAACUCCCUCCAAACGCAAGACAUUCGAACCUAUCACAGAAGUCCCGGAUGAGGAGGAGGAAAGCUCCAGAUUGUCGCGCACCCCGGCAUCUUCAACGAAGCAAUUCUACCUAGCCAACCUAUUCGCAACCCCAACCACGAUGCGCUAUGCCGCCAUGGUAGAGGCGGAAGACGAGAAAGCAGAACAGCGAAAUUCAUCAGAGCCAGCCGCCACCGCAGCGUCACCAGAGCCAAAUCCUUCAGAAACACCAUCUUUCCUCCGCCGCUCUAACUUCAACCGCCUCCCUCCGUCCACACACAACAACGCUGGUCUUAGUCCCAUCGCGUCUAGAAAACCGGUCCAAUACGCCGGAAGAGGCCUCUCGCACAUCGUCCAAGAAAUCGAAGCAGAACACGAAGCCGUCGACAUGGCCCCAGAAGACCACUUCCCAGAACAAAAGGGCAAACCAUAUAAGAAGAAAGGCCAGAAGCGCACGACUCGCCGGGUCAUCAUGCGCCCUGUUGCGCCUCGUCCCAAACCAAAACCAGAGGCCGCACCACCCAUCGACAGCGACGAUGAAUUGGCAGCUGUUCCUGAGACACAGCUUGUAGAUGCCAAGGGCGAAGAGCCAGAGCUCGAGAUCCCCAAUGAUGUUGCUUUUUUGCAUAGCAUUGAAGCUGAAUCGAAUUAUGGAACUGAGCCUGACUUGGACUCUGAUGAUGAUCCUGAAUUUAAUGAGCGGCCUAAGCCGUUGACGAAGGCGAAGAGCUUCUCGGAGCGCAUCAAAGAGGCUGUAGGGCUUAUGCCGAAGACUCAGAAGGUACCGGUCAAGGCUCCAGAGCCUGAGAUAGAGGAUAAGGAGAAGAAGACGAAGCCUCCUAAGAAAGUUAAUCCCCAGGCUCAUGCAAACUAUCGCUCAUUGAAAAUUCACCGAGGUCGGGGGAGAGGCGGAGGACGUUUCCGAAGGAGAUAA